AUGCAUUCAAUGAGGUAUCCUCUAGGCAGGAGUGAUCCUCGUGUCUCUGAAGUUGACUCGCCUAUUGAUUAUAUUCUCAGUCCGUUCUUUUCAUCUGUACUUGAAAUCAGUGACCUUCCAAGCCACGAGCAACGUUUCUACGAACGUGAGUUGACUCCUCUGGAGCUUGACAUGAAGCGAAAAAAGCAAUCGCUGUCUGCUAGCACCAGCAAGCCGUACGCAAGUGGUCGGAAUCAGUUUUCCACUCUCAAAUCGAAUGUCGGCAUGGAUAAAUAUUUGGAUGGGACCUGCGAACCCAUGAAUCCGCAGAACACUCCUGCAGAAUUUGACAGCCCUAUUCCUGGUGAAGCGUCCUACCAUUCCACAGUCCACAAGCGCAUCAGCUUUGCUCCACAGAUGCAGCAGUUGGAUAUCAACUGGUUUCACGAUAAACCUGAGGAAAGCUUAUUGUAUGACGUUGGCGAGGGGGUCAAGAGUUCCAGUAUUCGGCAACGCAGUGCCUCACUGGAGUUUUCUUCUCAGACUGGAUCCUCAGAAAUAGAUUCUUGCGACCGACGUAUCUCUCCGAUGAUAUCAUUUGGUGAAUUAUGUGUUCAGCUCUCUCCAGCUACCUCGCCUUUCCAGUCUUCUUCACAGCAACAACUUUUGCCUUCAGUGGAGCUGGAACAAGACUAUAUCAGUUCCUAUCAGCAAAAGAAAUACAAAGAGAAUUGGAGAGACGCAAUUUCAUGUCCCAAACAAGGCAGUCCUCUACAUAGCAGCCCCGUGAAAACUACUCAGCCCCCGAUGAAAGCAAUGAACCGACAGCCAGACAUUUGCUUCUCACCCCUUUCUAAAAUCCUUGGGCAGGAUGGAGGAUCUUCAAUGACAAGCCAGGUCACUCCACAGCCACACGUUCCCGAGUUAUCAAAGGCUCUGGUGCAAAUCCCUUGUACCUGCAAAGACAAAUACAGGGAUUACUUUGUCAAUUUCGAAGUUACACUGUACCGAGUCCAGUUUGGGUCUCAUCCCCGCCCCUUGGCAUAUUUGCAGUUCCAAUCUCCAAUGAUCUGUAAAGAAACUCUGCAGACUUUCCCUCGAGAUAGUUAUGUGGGCAAUCGCCCGUUAACAUCUGGUGUGUUUUUGCAUAUUCCUCUGCCACCCUACUUGAUACGGCUUCUACUCAAUGUAGUCUCUGUCAUGGAGAGACUGAGUCAUUCCCACGAAGGUCGAGUAACUCUCAGCAUUGUUACGCUUUUUUGGUCUUGGAUUACCAGACUGGUCAACUAUUUGCUCAGCCUGCUUGGCCUGCGGGCUCACUACGAUCACGACUUCGGUGCUUUCUGGGGUUUGCUUCUUGGUGUCUGGCCAAACCCAGAUCGACAAGGACCGAAGUGGUUCUAA